UGCCAGCGGUAAGAUAGACUGGAUAUCUCUACGUGAGCUGCUUAGUUGAUAUUAAACCACUUAGUUGGCGUUUUGUAAUACUUAGUUAGGUACGUUGCAUGUCGGAAGAAGCAACGAUCUUCGCUAUGUUGCGACACGAAGUUCUGCUUCUUCUUCUGUCACUGGCAUUCGCACAUUUUCUCGCCACCGGCAAUGCGGCGCGAAUACCACGAACCACGCCAGAUGCAGCAGCCACCAAAAAAUGCGACUAUGAGGCGUGCCAUGCCGUGGAUCCGAAGAAACUCAACAUUCACAUGGUCCCACAUACUCACGACGAUGUCGGUUGGUUAAAGACUGUGGAUCAGUAUUACUUUGGAAGUCGCUCUACAAUCCAAAAAGCUGGCGUACAGUACAUUCUCGACAGUGUCAUUAAAGCUCUGCUAGCUGACCCAAGUAGAAGAUUUAUUUACGUGGAAACUGCUUUCUUCUGGAAAUGGUGGCUACGACAAGACGAAAAAGUACGUGCUGACGUCAAAAUGCUAAUCAACGAAGGGCGAUUGGAAAUCAUCGGAGGAGCAUGGAGCAUGAACGACGAAGCUUGUACUCACUACCAUUCAUUAGUGGAUCAAUUUACAUGGGGAUUCAGGCGACUGAACGAUACGUUUGGAGGCUGUGCCAGACCGCAUAUUGGAUGGCAAAUAGACCCAUUCGGCCAUUCCAGAGAACAGGCUUCUUUAUUCGCACAGAUGGGAUUCGAUGGAAUGCUCUUUGGACGUAUUGAUUAUCAAGAUAAGAGUAAGAGGUUACAAGAUAAAACAAUGGAAUUUAUUUGGAAGAGCAGUCCAAGUUUAGGCAAGCGCGCGAAUUUGUUCACGACCGCGAUGUACAACACUUACAGUCCACCACCAGGAUUUUGCUUCGACGUUUUAUGUGCCGAUGAACCAAUGGUCGAUGAUCUCGAUAGCCCCGACUACAACAUUGACAAAAGGAUUGAUGAUUUUCUGAGAUACGCGGUUACGCAACGUAAUUAUUACCGCACAAAUCAUAUCAUAUUGACGAUGGGAGGAGAUUUCACUUAUCAGCACGCGGAAAUGUACUUCAUGAAUCUGGACAAGCUGAUAAGAUAUACAAAUCAGCGCAAUGGUUCUACAGUAAACGUAAUUUACUCAACACCCUCAUGCUAUUUAAAAGCCCUGAACGAUUUAAAUCUUCACUGGCCUACCAAGAGCGAUGACUUCUUCCCAUAUGCUAGUGAUCCUCAUUCUUUCUGGACUGGCUAUUUCUCGUCGAGACCAACCGUCAAAUACUUUGAACGCGAAGGAAAUAACUUGUUGCAAGCAAGUAAACAACUCGUUGCCUUGACAAACUUAAAGAAUCACGACAAACCCUUGGAACACUUCCGAGAAGCAAUGGGAGUGAUGCAGCAUCACGAUGCUGUUACUGGCACUGAAAAACAAUUAGUCGCAAACGAUUAUUCUCGUAUAUUAUAUGAAAGCAUGGAUCACGCUGGAGAAAUAAUUUCGCAAGCCAUUGGGAAAUGGUCAGGAAUGGCAAAUAAUACGGCGGCGUCCUUUAAGAUCUUUACAUGUUUGGAAUUAAACAUUAGCUCGUGUGCAUUUUCCGAGGAAAAUGACAUGUUCAUGGUUGUAGUGUACAACCCUCUAAGCAGGCCUGUUUCCACCUAUGUUCGCGUUCCCGUUCAAUACAGUUCUUAUUCUGUUCGAUCACUGAUUGACGGAGUAUAUCCAGCAGUGCAGAUAGUACCAAUCCCCGAAGAAGUUAAGAAAAUACCAGGAAGAAAAAGCAAUGCGACAAAUGAUGUUGUUUUCCGUGCUUCCAAUGUCCCUCCUCUUGGUAUUCUGGUUUAUGUCGUUGCGAAAAAGACGCAGGAAGAUAUAGUUGAGCAACCCCAAGCAGUCAAUUCCAUCAGUAAUGAGGUGUAUAGUAUACACGUUAACACCAAUGGUGACUUAGAAAUAAACUGGAAUAAGCAGAACAUGAGCGUCAUGCAAACUUUCCAUUACUACAUAGGAGCAGAGGGUAAUAAUGAAAUCUUCGCUAAUAGAUCAUCUGGCGCGUAUAUCUUCAGACCUAAAGAAACGUCGGCCAGGAAUUUUGCGUACAGCGGAUCGCAUAAAAUCUACACAGGUCCUGUUGUCCAAGAACUCCAUCAUACAAUAAACGAAUGGGUUAGUCAAGUAGUUCGAAUUUAUCCAGGAGAAGAACACAUCGAAUUCAACUGGCUCGUUGGACCGAUACCUGUCAAAGAUAAGAUUGGUAAAGAGAUAGUUACGAGAUACACAAGUAACCUGCAAACAGACAAAACGUUUUACACGGAUAGCAAUGGAAGAGAAAUGUUGAAGCGUGUGAGAAACUAUCGUCCAACAUGGGACUUAAAAUUGGAGGAGCCGAUAUCUGGAAAUUAUUAUCCAGUAAUCAGCAAAAUUGCGCUCAAGGAUGAAAAGAAACAAUUGAAGCUAAAUAUUCUUGUUGAUCGUUCCCAAGGUGGAAGCAGUUUGGAAGAUGGUGCCAUUGAAUUAAUGCUUCAUCGACGACUUCUAAAGGAUGAUGCGUUUGGUGUAGCGGAGGCAUUAAAUGAAACUGCUUUCGGUGAAGGUUUAGUAGUAAGAGGAACGCAUUAUCUCUUUGGAGGUAAAGUGAAGGACGCGGAUGAAUUCGUAUUGAAGGAGAAGGAAUUGGCACUCAAGUUGGCUUUGCAUUCUUGGAUCUUGGGUGCUCCCGCUAACUUGAACAAUAUUGAAAACGUACCUGCUGAACCAAAAAAAUUGAUUACUGGUCUUAACAAAGCAUUGCCGCCAAACGUGCACAUCCUUACCUUAGAACCCUGGAAAGACGGUACAAUUCUGUUGAGACUGGAGCAUCUCUUUGAAGUCGGUGAGGCACAGCAGAUGUCUCAACCUGUGGAAAUUAACAUUCAAAAUCUAUUCUCAACGUUCACAAUUGAAUCGAUCAAAGAGACCACAUUAGGCGCUAAUCAACUGUUGAGCGAAAAUAAACCUAUGCAAUGGGAGUCGGAGACGAAUGAUGUUAUGCAAAAUGUAGAGGAAGCAAGCAGGCAAACCGUAGAGAUUCAUGACAACGUAAUCAAUGUUCUCUUGAAACCGAUGGAAAUACGGACGUUUAUCCUUAAAGUAAAGCAAAGACCUCUUUAAUCUUUUGGCAAAGACAUUUAAUUUUUAUAACAGUAAUUAUAAAAAUUAAACUAUUUCAUUUACUUUCUACAUCCUACAUAUGUAAUUAUUAUAAUAUGAUAAUAUAUAUAUAUAUAAUUACAUAAUUCAAAAUUACAAUAGAGAAAGCAAAACUAUAUUAUUUUGUAUUUUUCUUACCAUAAGAAGACUCACAGAACCGAUAUACAAAAAAGUACACGCAAAUACACUUUCUCAGAAGUAUAGAUGACAUGAAUAAGAACAUGCAUAAUUAUAUUAGAUUGAUAGACUCGUUUUUUCUGUUUAUUAAUAUAAAAACCAAGAAAAGCAAAAGAUUUACUUAAUUAAAAUUUAAUAAAUAAUUAAUUU